GUCGUUGUAUCCUUACUCCGAGGAUCUGAGCAAAGCUUGUGCAAAGCUGCAAGCUGCUCAUAAAGCUGCCAAGACUGCAUCUUUGUCGGUUAAUCACAUCGCUCCAUUCCUCCAAUCUUGAACUUAAAGCUGGGUUUUUUUCAAGCCCCUUCUGAAUUUUAGCUCAAAAGCUGCAGUCUUGAGCUUAAAGAUCGUUUUUUUUUUUUUAACACGAGUGAGCGGAUAGCUUGUGGAAUAUCUGAUAGAAAACAAUAAUGAUGAAGAAAAUUUCAUUCAACUGGACAUCAUGGUGGUGGUCUCUUCACAAGCAGAAUUACUUGGUUCUCAAGUUGGGAGUUUCAAUUCUUCUAAUUGGCCUUGUUUUUAGGCUUUUAUACCCUCUAUCCGGUGGUGUGUCUGAAGUACAAGACAUCCCUAUUCAGCAAACUGUUAGUUCAAGUACGCCACCGCCUCUGGUUUCUGUCAGUUCACCUCUAAAUUCUAAUCAGCAUUCUCCGAAUGGGACUGAAACUUCAGAGAGGAGUUCAGAUUCAAGUGGGUUCAACGAGGAUGACAACGAAAGUCAAGAAAAUGAAGAUGCGGGAAGAUGUGAUCUGUUCGUUGGGGAUUGGAUUCCUCAUCCUGGGGGUCCUGUUUACACUAAUGAGACCUGUGACUGGAUUGAAGGCCAUCAAAACUGUAUGAAGAAUGGUCGACCUGAUACAGGUUAUCUUUACUGGAGGUGGAGUCCACGAGAAUGCGAGUUACCUCAACUAAAUCCUAAUAGGUUUCUUGAGUCGAUGAGAAAUAAAGCUUUGGCAUUGAUUGGUGAUUCCAUAUCGCGUAACCACAUACAGUCAUUGAUCUGUGUUCUUUCAAAGGCGGAAAAAGCCGUCCAAGUUUAUCAUGAUGAGGACUACAAAUCAAGAAGAUGGCUCUUCCCCUCCUACAAUUUCACCGUUUCAGUUUUAUGGUCUCCUUUCUUAGCACAAGCUGCCAUUUUCGAAGACUACAAUGGUGUUUCUACAUCAGAGAUUGAGCUGCAUCUUGACAAACUAGAUGGCACAUGGACUGAACAAUUCAAGAGCUUGGACUACAUCAUGUUUUCCAGUGGUGAAUGGUAUGCCAAAUCAGCAAUCUACUACAAGAACAACACAGUAUUGGGAUGCCAUUACUGUCCUAAGAGAAACUUGACGGAAUGUGGGUUUGAUUUUGCUUAUCGCGAGGUGCUCAGGAACUUUUUUGACUACAUAACCGAGUCAAAUCACAAGGGGAUGAUCUUUUUCAGGACCAGCACACCGGAGCAUUUUGAGAACGGUGAAUGGUUUAGCGGUGGAACCUGCAAUAGAACUGAACCAGUGACGGAAGGUGAGUUUCUGAGAAAUGAGUUGAACAGGAUUCUUCGAGAUAUUGAAAUAGAAGAAUUCAGGAAUGCAUCCACAAAAGCUUCUGAGAAAGGGGUGAAUCUCAAACUUUUUGACGUAAAUCCUCUCUCCUUGUUGAGGCCUGAUGGACAUCCAGGUCCAUACAGAUUCUUCCAACCAUUUGCCAAGGACAAAAAUGCAAAGAUAAUCAAAGACUGUCUACACUGGUGUUUGCCGGGCCCUAUAGAUACUUGGAACGAUCUGUUAAUGAAGAUGGUGGUCAAUGGCUGAGCGCACCUGAUGUUGGCUUGCCGUUACGUUUGUCAAGAAAAUGGUGGAUCAAGUUUGCCUCUCCGCUCGAUGAAUAUAAAUGGUUUGAGAUUCUUCAAACCUGAAAUUGGUCAAUGUUUGGGAGAGUUAUAAUUAGUCUGAUAGAUUAAUUUUUUCUACACUAAAUAGUGUGUAGAAAUUCUUUGACACAAGUCGGCUUAUAUGUGAAGCAUGUACGCAAGAAGAGGCUUUUAUAGAGAGAUUUAAGUAUGCUUCUGCAUUUAGCCCACUCUUUGUAAGGAAAUCUAUCUUUACACCAAAAAAUGAUCCUAGUUUGAAAACCAUCAAGUUUAUAUUUUUA